GGCAAUUUGGAGGAUGUAGAACGACCAAUCGACCCUGAAAAUCGCCUCACUCGACACUUCAAUCGACAACAACAUCAGCAGGAAGAUCAGCGCGAACUUCGUGAGGCAGAGGCUGCAGAGCGGGCUGAACUGCGUGGAGUCCUACUGCGCCGACUUCGCCAACUCUCAUUAGCCUCCAUUUCCUCGAAUGUCGACAGAAAUUUUGUGGGAAGCUCUUGCGGAGUUGGUGAACCAAAUAAAAUGAGUCAUGAGAAAUCGGAACCUCACUCACGCAUGAAUCAAGUUGGAAGCCUCCAUUUGCCGGCUGGCGGAGUCUUCAAGGCAGUUAAUGAACGUGAAUGGACCGUGAUCCCUAAAGACGAAGUCUUGCCUUUUUCUAGUUCCAGGACCCGGUUCGAACAAGAUUCAUCUAUUUUACCUGACUCAGAAUCGUCAAGUCGAGUCAGGUCACCUCAGGCUUCGCUGGUUAUACCAACAUCAACGCUUUCCGAAGUACUAUCUGACUCGGAUAUCGGAGGCGGUGAGGAGAAUGAUAGCCAGUCCUCAGUUCAACCCCCCGACUACUGGACUCGUUGGGGACCAGAACCCUACAGAUUGAAGGAAUUACGGCUCUCAAAAAGAGACUCUCUUAAGCAAAGUUAUAAUAAAGGGGGGCUAGAGAGGCAGCAAGAUAAACUAGAUAAAGAAAGAACUGCGUGUUCUGACCGAGUUGGUCAGACACAACAUAUGGAAUCCCAUUUAUGUAAAGACCCUGGUCAUUGGAGCAGGUCUGAACAUGGCAAGGCCUCCAAGUGGUCGAAAUCUCUUAUUGAGUCAAAUACACCUGCUCAGGUAUGCAAAAGAAAAUAA